AUGUACGAAUCCGUUCGAGCAUCAAUGUCUGCGUUGGAACCAUCACCUUUAGAGAAAAGGCUUUGCGAGGCAUUCGAUGUGUUUGAUACUGCAAAAGUCGGUGAAAUAGAUGUUAGUGAUUUAGGAACUAUUAUCAGAGCAUUAGGAUGUGUCAUUACCGAAGCAGAAUUGCAAGAGAUACAAGUUGAAGUGGAAGAUGUAGCAAACAAUUGUGUACCAUUAAACAGAUUCCUAGAAUAUAUGUGCAAAGCUAUAAACGAACGCAAAUUUAAGCCAGCCGAACCGGAGGAUUUGUUAAAAGCAUUUCAAUUAUUAGAUCCUGAAAAUCGGGGAUAUAUUAUGCGCGAUGUUUUAGAAAAAGCAAUGAUGGAAAUUGGAGAACCAUUUUCAGAAGAAGAAAUAGCUGAUAUGAUGGCCAUUGCGUGUGAUCCACAAACAAAAAAAAUCAAUUACGAACAUUACAUUAAUAUGCUAAUUGUGAAAAUACCUAAUGAAAUCAAUGUAUAUUCUAUUGUCGAUAAAAUGGACAUUGCUCUAUUAGAAGCUAUGCCGAAAAAACGUAGAUUGGAAAGCCUUCUUCAGAGCUUUCAGGACAUUAAACUUACUUGA